AUGGAUCAAUUGGCUCUCAAGAAACUCGUUAAUAAACUAAUUGAUGAGAAGCUCAAAUUAGUUUGUGAAGAAUGUCGCAAGAAAACUACUCAAAAAAAGCUAGGCUAUCAUAACUUUAACAUUUCCAUUGAACCUACACCCAUCAAUUUUGAUUUUAGUAUCGACCAUGAAAAUAAGGAAAAUUGUGUCUCCUCCAAUAGAAAUGCAGCCAAUAGAGUUAAAGCAUCCAAGAGCCAAGCCCUUGAUUUAGGUCAAUAAAUAUUCAAUGCUGACAUAAGGUACGCAUAUAUCGCUAUAUUUAUAAAGUAUUAUUAGACCCAUAUCCUAAUUUUCAAGUCCCACUGUUAAAGCAUCUCGAAAAAAAUCUAUGCCGUUUCUCAAAAAGGAAACUUAAACGACUUAUGAGAAGGUUCUCAAAUCAAAAAAAUGA